AUGUGGGCAAUCUUACGGAAAAACGAGUGCUUGACGAACUUUUCCCCAUCCUCAGCCACUCGCUCGGGCUCCACAACUUCCGGAAUAGAACACGUUCGGGCCACGGGCCAUCUGGUGGAAAACCGUGAAAAGCCCGAACCCCAUCUGAAGGCCUAUAAAGCCAAGCAAAACGAGAAAGAGGUUGAUUUUAGUAGUGUGGCAUGCAGAAAAGGGGACGUGGCACAAAAUGGAAGGUACAGCAUCACGAUGGAGAACUCGAGGGUGACACAAUUAGAACAACUAUUUAGAGUCUCAAAAUGGCGCCUUUACAAUUUGCAUAUGCAGAACUAUAGAAAACCACACACCAUGAGAGAAAAAAACAAUACCCAUCACAUGAAUGAAAUGCCUAGGCCCCUUCAUACUGGUGCAGCUCCAAUCCAUUCAAAACCCAGUGUAUCUCCUCAGUACAAGCAUGCAAGCAAUCACCCGAAACAAACUCGUGAUUAA